GUACUUCAUUGAACCUGUAUUGAAUUAUUCUGUAAAAAAAGACAAGCAGCAUCCACAUGUCAUUUACAGAAGGGAUGUUUCCCAGAAUUUCCGAAGACAAUUACGGAAUAGAGAUUUAGAAAACAGUAUGAACUGUGGAAUGGAAGAUCCAGAAUCUGUGUUUAGUGAAAUUGAAUUACAGAGAGAGCACUGGGAAAGAAAACGCAAGAGAGAUCGGAAGAUUUCCCCAAGGUCAAUCAGUAAAGAAAGAUGGGUAGAGACCCUGGUAGUUGCUGAUGCUAAAAUGGUUGAAUACCAUGGUAGUGAUAAUGUUGAAUCUUAUGUCUUCACUAUAAUGAAUAUGGUUGCUGGAUUGUUCCAUGACCCAAGUAUUGGCAAUGCAAUUCACAUUGUACUAGUUCGACUCAUCCUAUUGGAAGGAGAUGAGAAAACCUUGAAGAUCGUCCAUCAUGCAGACCAUACUUUGGCCAGCUUCUGUAAAUGGCAGAAAAAUAUUAACCCCAAAAGCGAUGCCCACCCUGCCCACCAUGACGUAGCAAUACUUCUGACAAGAAAAGACAUUUGUGCCGGAGCAAACAGAGCAUGUGAGACAUUAGGACUGUCACAUAUGUCUGGAAUGUGUCAACCCCAUCGAAGCUGCAAUAUCAAUGAAGACUCUGGCCUUCCAGUUGCAUUUACCAUUGCACAUGAACUUGGACACAGCUUUGGAAUACUACAUGAUGGACAUGGGAAUGACUGCGAGCCAGUUGGGAGGCACCAUUUUAUUAUGUCACGCCAGCUGCAGUAUGACCCUUCACCUCUUUUGUGGUCCUGGUGCAGCAAGGAGUAUAUAACACAAUUCUUAGAUCGAGGUUGGGGUUUCUGUCUUGAUGACCGUCCAGCUAAAAGAGAUUUGCAAGUUCCUUUUAUUGCCCCUGGGGUGCUCUAUGAUUCUGACCACCAGUGCCAGCUACAAUAUGGUCCAAAUUCAACCUUCUGCACAGCAGUUGAUAAUGUGUGCCAGAUUUUGUGGUGUUCAUUAGAUGGAUCCUGUCGCUCAAAACUCGAUUCUGCAGCAGAUGGGACCCGGUGUGGAGAAAAGAAGUGGUGUUUAAAUGGCGACUGUGUUACAGUUGGAAAAAAUCCUGACAUUGUGAAUGGAGGAUGGAGUCAGUGGACAUCGUGGUCAUACUGCACACGGACCUGUGGUGUUGGCGUUCAGACAUCAGAGAGAUUGUGUAACAAUCCACAACCACAGUUUGGUGGCAAGUACUGCACAGGUGAAAGAAAACGCUAUCGAACAUGUAAUACAAGACCGUGCCCAGUGGGGAGGUUUACAUUUCGUGGGAUGCAAUGCAGUGAAUUUGAUACAGUACCCCACAAGAAUGAAUUGUACAAAUGGCUCCCAGUUUAUAAUACAGCAAAUCCUUGUGAGCUUCAGUGUCAACCUGCAGAUGGGCAAUUUGCUGAGAAAAUGCUAGAUGCAGUAAUUGAUGGGACUCCAUGCUUUGAACGGAAUAACAGUAGAGACAUUUGCAUUAACGGCAUAUGUAAGAGUGUAGGAUGUGACUAUGAGAUUGAUUCCAGUGCCAUUGAAGAUCAAUGUGGCGUGUGUAUGGGAGAUGGCUCGACUUGCCAGACAGUGAAGAAAAUAUUCAAAAAGCCUGAAGGCUUAGGUUAUGUGGAUGUUGGUAUAAUUCCAAAAGGAGCAAGGCAUAUUAAAGUAGAAGAAGUGGCUGAAGCAGGCAAUUUCCUUGCAAUCCGAAGCAAAGAUCCUGAAAAGUAUUACCUUAAUGGCAAAUUCACUAUUCAGUGGAAAGGUGAUUAUAAGGUCGCUGGAACCACCUUCACUUAUGAAAGGAAUGGAAACCUAGAAUAUCUGACUGCCCCAGGUCCCACAGAAGAACCUAUAUGGAUCCAGCUCCUGUUUCAAGAACCAAACCCAGGCAUCAGAUUUGAAUACACCAUUAGAAAAGUAACUGAAGCAGAACAUGAAGUAAACAAUCAGGACUAUAUCUGGAAAUAUGGUACUUGGACAGAAUGUAGUGUUACAUGUGGAGCUGGGAUUAAAAAGCAGAUGGUUCAUUGUGUCAGAAAAGGGAGAGGUUUAGUAAAUGAAAAACUCUGCAAAGCUGCUACACGUCCUAAAGACAAGGAAAUGAAAUGUACUCAACAGGAUUGUCCUGCCAGAUGGUGGACAGGAAUAUGGCAGAAGUGUUCAGCAACGUGUGGGCCAACUGGAGUAAUGAAAAGGACAGUUUUAUGUACAAAAUCAGUUGGAACAGAUGAGCAGGUCCUUCAGGUUAAAGAAUGUCAGCAUCUGCCUAUGCCAAAGAGUCAAGUCUCCUGUAACAGAGACGUUCUUUGUCCUUCCAACUGGACAGUGAGUAACUGGAGUGAGUGCACUGUGACAUGUGGAGGAGGUGUACGAACACGAAGUGUUACAUGUUUGAAGAGUAAUGAAAGAAUAUGUGAUUUGUCUAAGAAACCAAAUGGAAAAUCUCUGUGUAAUCUCCAACAAUGUCCACGUAGGAAAAAUGUAAUUCCGCCUGUGGUAAAGUCAAACAAAGAGAACAAUAUUAUGAAAGUUCUACCCAAAAGAAUUAUACCCAUUUCCAGGAGGAUUCCACCAAGACAUAUCUUAGAUACAUCUGAAAAAUCUAUGUCAUACACUAUGGCAGUUACAUCUAGCAGUAGCAUUGCUCCAUCAGCAACCGCUUCUACCAAUGCAGACCACUUUGAAUCAGUGAAUGUGGAGCAAGUGAACCUAUUUCACAAUGUGACUGAGCCACGUACAAUAGAUACCACAGAGCAGAACAAUGAUAAUACAUCUUCUGACAUGUUCUAUAAUGAUUACAAUAAUGCUAAUGAUGUAAACAUACCAAGAUACAAAGGAACUGCAAGUAAUAACAACACCCCACAGUCUGUGCAUUAUACUGAUGGUGCAAAUCCCUCAAAAGCAGAAGAUUAUGCUACAACAAUCAUUGCAGUGCCUGUAUCCCAAAGUGACAAUGAUAGUUCUACUGAUGACAGGCUUAUGUCAAAAGGAGCAACAUUUCGUUAUGACUACAUAACAGAAAAUUCAGAGAUCGAGCCUGAUUAUAGUGAGGAAUCAUUUGAUAAUGAUGUCUUCUUUAACCAGACAAAUACAUAUAUAACUAAUAUGGGAGGAAGAACCAGUGAGAAAUCUCUGUCAGAAGACUACCAGUCUUCCAGUACUGAGCCUUCCUUUAUCAGCAGAAGGAUGCCUACAAGCUCUGUCAUUCAGAGAUUUUCAGGGACACGUCUUGAUGCAUUUACAGCUGUGCCAAGGACUACACAGUUAAUUAAGCCAAGUCCAGUACCGCCCACCAGCAGAGCACUUAUUAGAAGGGAGCAUUCAGUUCCAUGGAAAAAAAUGGUGUAUGAUGUGGCAAAUAGCAAGCAUAACAGACACCAGUAUUCUUCAGGAAACCAAACCAAUGUUUCUGCUGAUGACUUCAGCAAGUUAACAAAAACUUCUGCACUAGGCUCCACAGCUCAUUGGAGAGUUGGAAACUGGAGUGAGUGUUCAACUACGUGUGGAAUUGGUGCCGUGUGGAGAGCUGUUGAAUGUAGUACUAGGAAUGAAACUGACUGCAAAGAUAUGAAAAUGCCAGACCCGGCACAGAGGUGCCAUUUGCGUCCAUGUGUCACUUGGAAGAUUGAGAAAUGGAGCAAGUGCUCCAAAACUUGUGGAGGUGGCUUCAAGACUCGUGAUGUGCAGUGUGUAGAUGUUCGUGAAAAUCGUCCCAUACGUCCAUUUCACUGCCAGCUGCUAACACACAAGCCCAUGACAAACAUUAGCUGUAAUGGGCAGUCAUGCUUAAACUGGACUGUGGGACCAUGGAGUGAGUGCAGUACCUCUUGUGGUGGAGGAGUGAAACACAGGACUGUAAAAUGUGUUGGAAAUAAUGAUUAUGGAGAUGAAAGCAAUCUAUGUGACCAUGAACCAAAACCAACUGAGGCCCAGAAAUGUCAGCUGCAAAAGUGCAUAAAUAAAGAGGAUGUUGCACUGCAAGCAAAGUCUGACCAGGAGCUCCAGCAAAUGAUAAGAGACUGGAACACAGAACUGAAGGCACAUGGGAUGCAACAGAGUAUGCACACGUUAGUGGUUAUGGCAGCAAACAGGAGAAAACCGAAUAAGCUGAAAAGUGAAAUAGAAAGGAAAACAGUGGAAAGAGUUAACAACUCCAAGUCUCUGAGACAUGCAGUUAAGGAGAAGAAGAAUCUGAAUAAGAAGAUCAAAGCUAGAUUAAGAAGUAUUGCAGCCAGUUGGCACAAAGUGGAAGGGGUCAUGCAUGAGAGAGAAAAAUGA